AUGGAGCCGAUUGCCUUGAAUGGCGGCAACAAGCGCUCCGUCGCGUAUUUCUAUGACUCUGAGGUCGGCAAUUACUCUUAUGGACCGGGACAUCCAAUGAAGCCUCAUCGGAUAAGGAUGGCGCACAGUCUCAUCAUGAAUUAUGGCCUAUACAAGAAGAUGGAGAUCUACAGAGCGAAACCCGCGACCAAGCAAGAGAUGUGCCAGUUCCAUACAGACGAGUAUGUCGACUUUCUCAGUCGCGUAACACCCGACAACAUCGACGCUUUCGGCAAGGAACAGAGCAAGUUCAACGUCGGCGACGAUUGUCCGGUGUUUGAUGGGCUGUUUGAGUUUUGCGGUAUCAGCGGUGGAGGCAGUAUGGAGGGUGCUGCACGGCUCAACCGAGGAAAAUGCGACAUUGCGCUGAAUUGGGCAGGUGGUCUACAUCACGCCAAGAAGUCCGAGGCUAGUGGUUUCUGUUACGUCAACGACAUUGUUCUUGGUAUCAUCGAGCUCCUUCGAUACCACCCUCGAGUCCUCUACAUCGAUAUCGACGUUCAUCAUGGUGAUGGUGUCGAAGAAGCCUUCUAUACCACCGAUCGUGUCAUGACGGUUUCGUUCCACAAAUAUGGCGAGUUCUUCCCAGGAACUGGUGAACUGCGGGAUGUUGGUGUCGGCAAGGGCAAGUACUAUUCAGUGAACUUCCCUCUGAGGGACGGUAUUGACGAUGACAGUUACAAAAGUGUGUUUGAGCCUACUAUCAAGGCCGUGAUGGAAUGGUACAGACCAAGUGCUGUGGUCUUGCAGUGCGGUGCGGAUUCGUUGAGUCAAGAUCGUCUUGGUUGCUUCAAUUUGAGCAUGCGAGGGCACGCAGCCUGCGUUGAUUUCGUCAAGUCAUUCGGUCUGCCAACGUUGGUGCUCGGAGGUGGUGGUUAUACUAUGCGCAACGUGUCCAGAACGUGGACGUACGAGACGGGUAUCCUCGUGGGACAACAGGUUGGUCCUGAGAUCCCUUACAGCGACUACUACGAAUAUUUCGGCCCCGACUACACUUUGGACGUCAAGCCCUCAAAUAUGGAGAAUCUCAACACCAGGGAGUACCUCGAGAAAAUCAAGACGCAAGUUCUCUCCAACCUGUCGCGUACCAAGUUCGCGCCAAGUGUGCAGAUGCAAGAGGUUCCAAGAGACAGAGACGACGACGAGGAUGAGGAAGACGAUAACCCCGAUGAGAGAAGGAAUCAACGCAUGAUGGACAAAACUAUUCAGCGCGAUGAUGACCUCAGCGAUUCGGAAGAUGAGGGAGAAGGCGGUCGGAGAGACAUCCGAAAUCACGGAGAGAAAAAGGUCUCAAUAACUGCGCCAUUAGAAAGAGGCGGGGUACCGUCUGUAGAGUCAACACCAGCAGUAGUUGAGGAACCCUCAGCUGCAGGGGAGACGAUGGAGUUGUAAGGCUCUUCUUAAUAACAAAUUCUAUAAUAUGGUAUCAUAUGCCUUCCUGCGCCCAAAGUGCUUCUCGCCAAUGCUAUGCAUAUCCGAUGUAAUCUUACAACACUGUACUCAUCUGAUCUAAAAGUGCGCUGUCAACCUGGACAAGCCACCUUUGCUUGAAUGCUUCACUUCCGCCGUUUUCGGCCUCGACCUGUGCCAUAGUCUUUCGAACAUACUCCUUUAGCUCAACCGUAUGAACAGCGUCAGCUUUGAGCAGCU